AUGGAGGAUAUCUCCAACAAGGAAGGCGUGGCUGAGACAGCGACUGACUUCAUCAUGCUCAACGGGGUCAAGUACUUGCCCGAUCAAUCUCAGACUAUCAAUUCAGGUGCGCACAUCCAUCCUGUAACCAGUAUGCAUGCCCGCGCCCGCUUUGAAUGCCUGGUCAAUGAACUUGCUGAAGUCUGCCCGGGUCCUGCAGGCAUGGGUCACAUUGACAUUCCUGCAGGCGAUGAUGGACCCGAGCAAGCUCUUGGCCGUUGGCUUGAGACUUGGAAUCGCUCGAAGCCCCUCGAUCGAAGCGGCGCCAGCACUCCAAAGCAAGACCAUGAUGGAGACUCUUCAUCCAAAGUCAUAGUCACUUUGAUCUUCGACUCACAAUGUGCGAACGACAUGGACACCCCACUUGGCGGCCGCAAGAUCAUCCAUAUCUCUCAACGCAAGCUCGAACGCAUCCUCGGUCCAGAAACGGCCCGAUCUAAGCUCCAGGAGAUUCGUGGUGGCCGAGUUGUCCUACAAGAUGUGUUGCCCACUACUUUCAACGCUAUCCGCAAAUGGCUAUCGGGGAAGGCCAUCAUGCACACCCUGCCCAUUGCCGUGAGGGACAAGCCCCUCCGAGAGCUUGUUUACAUCUAUGUUCAAGCCGCUCGAUGGGGUCAUCGUUCCAUUGUUCACGAUGCCGUCAACAACAUGCCAUCAACCGGCACUCCCUUCGAAUUUCUCGAAAUAUGUGCCAUAGUGUACAGCGAAGGAUGUGCUGGUGUAGCCUUCAGGAACUUCUUCAAGAAGGGGUUGCCUGUGGUGCUGGGAAACUCCACAUUCGAUCAGACCGACAAAGUCCCCAAAGUCCUUAAACAGUCAACAGAGUUGGCCACUGACUUCGCUGAAACAAUGCUAGGCUUGGUUAGCCAGCGAAAGUACGGCAAUCACGCUCAUCACAUUGGUCCACAACCUUUCCCAGCCUUCACCGCCCGCGAUCCUGAGCCUGUCUGGUUUCAACCACCUGAACCUGCCUUCUGCGCCUGUGGUCUUCAUGAGUGUACCUGCACAUCGGAUACCGCCAGCGUUACUCGACCUUCUGACACGCAUGCCAUCCCUCGCCGCUCGGGCUAUGUCGAGAGUGCUUCUUCCAGCGUGAUGGGGGUCGAGGACUGGUCUAAAACUCCACCGUGGGGCCAAAACGAUGGCGGCGCUGGGUGGGACUACUCUCAUCGACCCGUACCGACCGGUGGAAUUAUUCCUGCUCCUCCGAUGAGUAUUGGAGACGCCGAAGACCAGCCCAUUCGUCCACGCAACUGGAGUAGUGCUCACUUGGGCCAGGGCUCAGAAUGGAGUGAGAUCAUGUCUGCCAACGAGGACGAAGCUCAAGCUUGGAUGUUUGAGGGUCGUCAGGACACUCCUAUGGCUCGUGGUCGAUAUCGUGACGAAGCUGCUGGUGGCGAUCGCUCUCCACGUGUGCAAUUCGCGACCCCGUCUCGAGAGCUCCUGCCGAUAUCACGAGCGGCUAGCGCUGGUACUUCGAUUGAAGGGCGCCUUCGCGUGGUUGAGCGGAAGCUUCGUGAUGGUAACCUCUGGACUCAUCCCACACGUCAGCCCAUCGGACUUCCUCCAAACAAUGAGGAGCAGUCGCAGUCAACGAGGGUGUCAACUCGCUAUGCGUUGGGCAAGACGACUGCUCCACAAGGCAAAGUACUGGCGACGUCAGAUUUCCCUCCCGCACCCCUCCUGCAUCCUGGAUUUCCUCCUGUUGGCAUGCCAAACUAUGUCCCGCGCGUUGGCUACAAUCGCUAUGUUCAGGUUGGCAACGGCGUUGUGCAUCCAACUGGUCCCGGGCCGUAUGGUCUUGCAGGUCGUUCCAUGAUUGCGGUACGCAGCUCCAACUCUCAGGAAUGCACUUUGGUCUUUCAGGCUGGCGAUACCAUCGAAUGUGUAAUUCCGGUUGAAGAAAGCCGUUCUACUUCUCAGCACAACCCUUGGAACUUUUCUGACCAGCGCUUGCAGGGAAUCUGCCGUACGCAGGCGGGUUCUUUUCCUGCCAGCUAUGUCCGCGAAAUGUACAGCUCAACCCUCGCUCCAGGCUCGGCAGGUACUGGGGCUGGCUUCUCUAAAGAGGUCUCUACGCCUGCUGGACCGGCCAAUGAUCAGUCCUGCCACUCACAAUCUAAGGUUCCCAAUGCAGACAGCACGCCAGGCGCAGCAAACGCAAGCACCAAGGCGAAUGUGGCACAGAACGUUGACAAAGAUUGGCUCAAGUCCGUGGGCAACGCACACCAGGACUCACAGAAUCACUUAGACCCGGGCUUCAGAGACCGAGGACGUUGUAGUUCGACACAAACCACGGCUAUCAGGGCUGACCCGCAUUGGCCAGGUUGUCCUGCUGAGAACGACCCGCGGUUCCGCUGCACAUGUGCCGGCAAGUUCAACACCCGUGCUGGGACCAGACCCUUGACUCCGUCAUCACCUUGGACGAAUGAUGGCUGGGGCGCUCCUGACGAACCAGUGCACGGCUCUCGGGAUGUGUGGGCUGACGAGGGAAGCAAUAACGGUUGGGGCUACAACACGAAUCGUGAUGGUCGUGCUGAACGUGGGACUGCUUGGGAGUGA